GUUUCAGGGCUCUCGAAAAACUCUCUCUCAUCAAUUUUCGAGUUUUCAAAAAAGCCCUAGAAAUCAUCUCUCAUCACAUUCUCUCUCUAAAACAUCUAUCAUGUAUAGCAUCAAUAACACGCCAAUGGCGUCGCCGCCGGACACCAGCAAGACGACGAAGCUCGAACGGUACAACAGUUAUCUCCGACGAGUCAAUAGUACAAAACUAUUAGCUGCAUCUUCAAAACUUCUAUUCAGAUCAACUCUAUUAGUCGCUUUAGGAUUGAUCUUCUUCUUUACACUAAAUUAUCCACCACUUACUGAUAAUUCACAUCAUAUACAUACUACUACUCAUAACUUUCUCUCGUCUGCUUUCUACGGUAGCGGCGCUGCUUGGGAGAAACAAGUUCGUCAUUCUGCAACUCCUCGUAGACAGAAAGGAUUCUCUGUUUUAGUAACUGGCGCGGCUGGAUUCGUCGGUAGUCAUUGCUCAAUCGCGUUGAAGAAACGCGGUGAUGGAGUUCUAGGUCUUGAUAAUUUCAAUUCUUAUUAUGAUACUUCUUUGAAACGUGCGAGACAGAAUCUGUUAUCGAAGAAUCAGAUCUUCAUUGUUGAUGGAGAUCUUAAUGAUGCGGAAUUGUUAACGAAGUUAUUCGACAUUGUUCCGUUUACUCAUGUUCUUCAUCUUGCUGCUCAAGCUGGUGUACGUUACGCGAUGCAGAAUCCUCAAUCGUAUGUGAAAUCUAACAUUGCUGGAUUUGUUAAUCUUUUGGAAGUUUGUAAAGCUGCCGAUCCACAACCGGCGAUUGUUUGGGCUUCUUCUAGCUCUGUUUACGGUUUAAACAAACAGAAUCCAUUCUCUGAAGAUCAUCGAACAGAUCAACCUGCAUCUCUUUACGCUGCCACGAAGAAAGCUGGUGAAGAAAUCGCUCAUACUUAUAAUCAUAUCUACGGUUUAUCACUCACCGGCCUUCGUUUCUUCACUGUGUAUGGACCUUGGGGCCGUCCAGACAUGGCCUAUUUCUUCUUCACCAAAGACAUCCUACAGGGAAAACCGAUUAACAUCUACGAAACACAAGACGGACACGCGGUGGCGCGUGACUUCACAUUCAUAGACGAUAUCGUAAAAGGAUGUAUAGGAUCACUAGACACAGCAAAAGCGAGCACCGGUAGCGGCGGGAAGAAACGAGGACCGGCGCAAUUGAGAAUAUACAAUCUCGGCAAUACAUCGCCGGUGCCGGUGAAAAAACUGGUUGAGAUUCUUGAAAAUUUGUUAGGGAAGAAGGCGAAGAAGCAUGUGAUAAAGAUGCCACGAAACGGCGACGUUCCGUAUACACAUGCUAACGUGAGCCUGGCGUAUAGAGACUUCGGUUAUAAACCGACUACAGAUUUAGCGACGGGAUUGAGGAAAUUCGUUAAAUGGUACGUUAGUUAUUAUGGAGUUGAGUCGAGGGUAAAAAAGGAAAUAGAAGACAGCAAGAAUAAUAAUGAGUGAGGAAAGAUGGAUGGAUGGAAGGACAACUAAGCAUAUCACAUGGGGACAUAUAAAUUUUUUUUUUAUUAUUGUUGUUUAUUUUUAUAGUUUUUAAAUUAAAAUUUUUAUUUUCCCACUUUGAAAUUAAUUAAAUGUUGUUGUAUUUAUAUAAUGAUGAUGAUAAUAAUUAUAAUAAUAGAUUUAUGUAUAAAUAAGAUGAGAGAUGGUGGAUAGAGGUGGGAGUAAGUGUAGAUCUGUGGGGGGGGGGGGGGGGGGGGGGAGUUGGAAAGUGUAAUAAUAUUGAUGAUGAUAGAUGAUUUUUUUGCCCUAAAGAGGGUGAAGAUCAGCCGUUGGAUUGAUAUUUAAUGAUUUGUGAUGGACAACAAUGAUCAAAUCAAUAUUCUUCUCUUUAUUUU